UAUGAUAAUAUGCUCCUCAGAGUAAAUUUCAUAAAAUAAAUUAUUAGAGGUGGUGUAAAGUAUGACAAGGAUGUAUUUCCUUUGGCAAUCAAAAAUUUUUAUGUGACAAUCAUCAUGUCGUCCCGACGGAAGACAUGAGUGAGCUCGACUGCCUUGACGGUUUAUUAUUAAAUAAUUCAUACUUUCAGAACCAAAAACUCACUCUCGUCGAUUGGUAAAUUUGUAUUUUGUUCUAAAUUGAGCCUCUAGAGUAAAAUCAAGAUUCCUUCAGAGUUUCCUGCCCCAGUUUCCCAGCGAUGUUGAGCUCAACGCGCAUGUAUUGCCUGGCGGGGCUGGGGGUGACGGCAGCGUCAGCGCUGCUAGCGACCUACGUCUGGCACAAAAGAGAGGAGAUGUUGUGGGUGGAGAUCGGCCGCGUAGAAGACCUCAUAAUUUAUCCCAUCAAGUCUGGCCACGGGACCAGCGUGAUGAAAGCCACGGCAACCAGAUCUGGGUUGCGGAGCGGACCUCUCACGGACAGAGCAUUUGUGGUGGUGUUGGUGACGCCGGAAAAGAUGGUGCACAUGAACUCGGGUAUGGUGCCCAUGUUGGCCACCAUCAGCGCUGCCAUCACAGAGAGCUCGGUGGUGCUUUCCUCUCCCGUCACCAAGGCAACCAAUUCUUUCGAUCUCCACAAAACUGUUCAGUCUGAGCCGCUGGAGUUUUUCCUGCAAGCAACUCCGAAGCGUGGCUACGACUGCGGGGAGGUCACGGCCAAGUGGAUGCAAGAAGUUCUCUACCACGAAGUCGAGCCCUCGAAGAGGCCGCAGGUGCGACUCAUCUUCGUCGGCGACCCGGAGACUUUCAAGAACGUUGCCAGAGCACCGAACGUUUACCCCUUCACCCAAUUCAAAAACACAGAUCUGCGGCUCUAUCACGACACUUGUGCUUUCCACGUCACGUCACCGUCUAGCCUUGAUGAUCUCAACACGCGUUUGGAGACACCAGUGACCAUGAACCAGUUUAGAUCGAACAUCGUCGUUAGCGGACAGCCGGCUUUUGAAGAGGACAAUUGGGCCUACGUCAAAUUUGGCGAUUCGACAAUCCUGCGCACGCUCAAACCACGAGAGUCGUGCAUCCGCAUCAACGUCAGGCCCGAUAGCGGCAAGCGCCAGAACGAAGUGUUGGACGUAAUGAGGAAGUACAGAGUGCCUCCAAUGCCGGAGAAGCUGGCUAAGCAAUGGGCGCACAAACCCAUCUUCGGGCUGCACAUGGCGCUGGACCAGCCAGGGGACAUCGCAGUUGGUGACACGGUCUAUGCCGUCAGAAGGAAGCCUGACUGGUUCCUGUAACGCUUGCUCGUCUUGGCCAAUUCGUGACUGAGGAAACCGUGGUUCCUACACCCCGUUAAAAUAUGAUGAAAGUGAGGACUGACAUGAAUGCAAGCUAGAUUUGAAAGCCAGAUUUGCAAUUUUAGAACUAAUUCAUAGCCGAUUGUGGUCAAGGAAGGCUUUGAGGGAGCUCGUUAUUCGACAUCAGUAAACAGUACUUAUGUUACUAUUGUCAUUGCAAUAGAGUUAUGAAUCCGAUUCUGUUAUAAAUGAACAUUUCAACUGAAAUUCAUGCAUAAACCAAAACUUAAUCAAGCGAUUAUUAUUAUUAUCUCUUAGGUCGUUUUCUGGAGCGCUGCAUAAUCUACGCGGAUUCCGGGACUUAAAAAAGACAAAUUGGCUUGCAAAUAAUCCAUGGAGGCUUUGCCUCCUCACUGCUCUGGAAACGCAAUGCGAUUUGACGAUAUAAAUCAUUGUUCUUAGUUUAGUGCACAUUAAUCAUGUAUAACAUACUCGUGAAUUUGCUAAAAAAAACUUCCAAGUAUUUUAUUCAAACGACAAAAUUUUAAUCACAUUACGAACAAAGGAGAACCAGGUCAUGAUUAGCCAAUUGUAUCUUAUUUCCAGGUUUUAUGAAGUUCCACUAAGAAAAGAUCAUAAUAAUAUGUGACCAUUUGUUCAUGAUGACUUGCUAUAUUAACCGCAACUUUUAUCGCUUGAAAGAAUUUGUUUUUAAAAAUGUUUUGUGGUUUUUAAAUGGCAAGUUAAUGUCAAUGUUCCUCUCUACGAUCAUGACCCUCGACAAUAACUGCUAUGUGCGAGGUACCUACUACAUAGUUAAGUAUAAUUUUAUUACAUCUUUCUAUCAUCUAGCAACGUAUUUUAUUAGAAUUAUAUAGCUACAUUGUUUAUUAUUAUUAUCUUGCUACAUAGUUCAUUCGAUGGCAAUGCAGUAUAGCGCAUGUGGAAAAGCUCUUAGGAGAUUGUAGUUGUUUAGCCGAUUUUUUCCACGAUAUGUUUUGUUGUGCAGAUUGAUUGUAUUUUACGUCCGUAUUUAUAGCAGUUGCACAAAAUGUCCAUCAUUUCCCGAGAUUACUUCAAAAUUAUUGCAAAAGUGGGUUCUACUGCAUGAUACAAAUUUAAUAUUAGUGUUACGAGCGAUAAAUAGUUCAUGUAACUGGAUGAAAUUGCGCCAAGCUGCACUGAAGAAUGAAAUUGCUUGUACAUGGAUACCCAAUGGCUCUGACUCGGGUUGCAACUUCGACAUUUUUUAUUAAAUAGUUAUAAUGGGCACUAAUCUAGAUUCUUAAACGAUGAAUUUUACCGCUGCCGUUACUGACGAAUAAAGGCUUUUUAUUGCUUUC